AUGUCCUCAUCCCCAUCGCCCCGGUCCUACCUCUCAUGGGACAUUCUGCGGCCCUGUUUCAAGUGCUGCAGUCGACUCUGGAUCAAUGAACUCGCCAUCUUUGGGGAAUGCGUCGGCGCUGUUGCAUGGAUCCCCACAAUACUCGCACUGCUUUUUCCAACAUUGCGGUAUGGCCUUCGACCUGCUUGGAACCGCAGGCCGAUCUGGCUCCGCGACUUCGCAGCCGAGGAGCCCGGGGAGGCAGAAGUCAUCUCGAGCGACCUCAUCCCACCCAAGCGGCCAACAUGGAGCCUUCCGACAGUCGUGCUCAUCCUGAACUCAACAGUUGGUCUUGUGAUCAGCGUUCUGGCUGCGCUGAAUCCGGCUGCAGGGCCACUGUUCUCAACCCCCUUGGUACCACAUGGCGCGCUGCUACUCGUGCAGCUCGUCAUGUUCAGCACCAUCAUGCAGGUCUUCCCCAGGUCUGGCAUCUGGGUUUGGGGGAUUGAGGCGGUCACCCCCCUGGCAUCGAUAAUUUUCAUCGUCAACAUGCCACUACGCGACCCGCUACUCCACAGCGAGGGUAUAUGCGCCCCUUAUCAGACACCCACGGUCAAGCAGCGCAGCCCGGAGGAUAAUUUUACUCUGUGGCAUUGGAUGUCCGUGGCUUGGAUGUCGCCGAUCGUGAAACUGGGGUGUCAGAGACAGCUCCAUGACGAGGAUGUGUGGACUUUGCCGCUCGAAUGGCAGCACAGCCGCCUGCAUCGCCUUUUCCGAGAGGUCACGGGUUCGGUCCUCGCCCGCGUAUUCAAGGUCAACGCACCGGACCUGAUAAUCACCACGCUUUUGGGCGUCCUCGAGUCAAUAUGCUCCCUCGUCCCGGUCGUCUUCCUGAAGCAGCUCCUUGCGGCACUCGAGGGCGAGCAUCCUAAUCGGAAUGUAGCGGUCGUCUACGGGGCGUUCAUACUAUUGGCCCGUCUUAUCGGCGCUCAGUCUGGUGUGUUCAACCUGUGGUUCUGCCGGCGAGCCUACGAGCGAUCCAGGGGCGAGAUGAUCACCAUGGUCUACGAAAAGACUUUGAUGCGCAAAGCCUUCACCUUCCCCGGCGAUGUGGACGAGGACAGUGGAGAUAUGAAGAACAAGGGCGAGACGACCAACUCGGGCCCUGCCUCCAUGGGCAAAAUUCUCAACCUGAUGCGCAACGAUGUCUACGAGAUUGCUCAGCGUUUCUGGGAGUUUUCCAACCUUAUUACGAAGCCAAUGAACUUCAUUCUAACCAUCGUAUUGAUCUGGAAGAUUCUUGGACCGGCGGCGUUGGGUGGCGUUCUGCUGAUCGUGCUGGCCCAGUUCCUAAACAGCUUCCUCAUCCGCUUCCUCGUCAGCUGGGAGCGUGCCCGCCGCGCUGUCACCGAUGUCAAGCUGCAGAUCACUUCACAGUUUGUCGAAGCUAUUCGCCACCUACGAUGGUACGACUGGCAGGACAAGUGGUUGGGAAACAUCCUUGCUUCUCGACAGAAGGAGCUACGAUAUAGGGUCAUCGUCAACCUGCUUAACAAGGCCGUCGCGGCGACGAAUAAGAUCUCGGCUUACUUCUUCCCCGUGGCUGCAUUCUAUGCCUACACUAUCAUCGGCGGGCAACCGUUACGGAUUGAUGUUGCUUUCCCGGCGCUGAAUUUGUUCACGAUGCUUAACCAGAGUCUGAACGAGCUGCCUGGCCUCAUCACCGUACUGUUGAACGCGUCGGUAGCCAUGGGACGAAUCGAGAGCUUCAUGGCUGAGCCGAAUAAGGAAGAGGAGUACGGCUCCGGCGCGGGUUCUUACGGAGAGUCUCGUACGGAGAGGCUGGGGGAACUCAAGAUUGUAUUUCGAGACGCCUCGUUCGCAUGGCCAGGCUCUCCGGCUCACAAACAAGUGCUCUCUAACGUCUUCUUCGAGGCCGGCCCUGGGGUCACGGCCGUGUGUGGAAAAGUCGGCUCGGGAAAGACGGCGCUGCUACAUGCGAUCCUUGGCGAACUGGAUGACCGUGGGGGAAGAAGAACGGUGCCGAACGAGAUGAUUGGGUACUGUGCGCAGACGCCGUGGCUGCAGAGCAUGAGCAUUCGUGAGAACAUACUGUUUUCUUCUGGAUACGACGAGGUCAGGUACCGCCAGGUCCUCGCAGCCUGCUGCUUGAUUCCCGAUCUGGCUAAUUGGAAAGCUGGAGACCUGUCCAUGAUCGGAGAGAACGGUGUUGGACUUUCGGGUGGACAAAAGGCAAGGGUCGCGUUGGCUAGAGCGAUAUACAGCAGGGCAAGGAUAUUGUUGCUGGAUGACCCCAUUGCUGCGCUGGACCACCAGACCGCCGAGACGAUUCUACGGAAUCUUCUGACCAACAAGACCUUUAUGCAAGGGCGGCUGGUCGUGUUCGUCACCCACAGGAUGGACCUAUUGACGAAGUAUGCGAACCAAGUACUCGAAAUAUUGCAAUCCGGGACUGUCACCGUCAUCUCGCGUGAAGAAAUCCACAACCAUCAGGAGUUGCUUCAUUUUGCAGCCAAGGAUGAACAGCGUCGGCAAUCAGUGGAUGAGGACGAGCAAGCCGACGGAGAUGAAGAUGUCAUUCCUGACAAGUUCAUUGAAGAGGAAUAUCGAGCCCACGGAGGCGUCAUGGCUUCGGUGUACUGGAAGUACAUCAAGGCAGGUAACCUGUGGUACUGGGGGCUCCUGAUUGUCCUAUUUAUCAUGUUCCGAGUGUCAAGGUUGACCCAUUUCUACUUUCUCAAAGUAUGGGGUGAAUCCUACGAGCCAGGCGGAUCAUCUCAGGUCUAUCUCGCCGCAAGCAAUGAGCCAGAGUACAACUUUCGGGCGGCAAACACAUCCCCGGUUGGUACCACUACCACUCCACAAGACUGGUGGAAUAUCGGCUUCGACCUCCCACCACCCGACGUCGACGUGCGCCCGUGGCUGUUUUGGUUCUUCAUCAUCGCACUGCUGCAGUUCAUAUCCUUUGUACUCUCUGAUCUCACCAUCGUGCUCCUCAUCUACACCGCGGGCAAGCACUUAUUUGAGCAGGUCAUGCUGAAGGUUGCCAACGCGACGUUCCGCUUCUACGACGUCACCCCUGUUGGUAGGCUGAUGAACCGGCUGACGAGCGACAUCGGCACCAUCGACGGGCAGAUCGUCACCCAAAUUCGCGACGUUGUGUGGUAUUUCAUGUUCUGGUCCUCGAGCCUUUUUGUCAUCGCUUCGACGGCGCCCGUCUUCCUCGCCAUCGCCCUUGUCAUGACAGCCCUCUUCGUCGUGAUCUUCUUGCGUUUCCUGCCUGCUUCGCAAUCCCUCCGCCGCCUCGAGAUGGUCUCCCUCUCGCCCCUGAUGUCCAACUUCGGCACACUUCUCGAAGGACUGACCACGGUGCGCGCCUUCCGCGCACAACCGCACUUCCAGGACCGCAUCAUCGUCACCACCGACGCCUUCCAGAAGAUGGAUCACUUUUACUGGUCGCUCCAGGAGUGGCUCAUGUUCCGAUUCGACACUCUCUCCGCGCUGUCGACCUUCAUCCUCACCAUGUCGGCGCUGUUCACGGGCCUUGGUGCCGGCACGGUGGGCUUCGUUCUCGCGGCGGCGGCGAACUUCGUCGCCUGCACACACAACAUGUGCCGCAAAUACGGUGAGCUGCAGAUGCAAUUCGUGUCUGUGGAGCGUGUCAUCGAGCUCAUGGACCUGGAGGAGGAACCCCACGGCGACUUCGACCCGCCCGCCGCGUGGCCGGGCUACGACGACGACAUUGUGUUUGACAAUGUCACGGUCCGGUACGCCAAGGGCCUUGAUCCGUCCCUACGUGGCCUUAGUUUCCGCAUUCCUGCCGGCGCAACUGUCGCGGUCACGGGUAGGACCGGUAGCGGCAAGAGCACACUUGCGUUGACGCUGCUGGGGACGAUGUUGCCCGAGUACGACGAGUCUACGAGUACGUUGGGAAGCAUCAGGAUAGGUAGCGUCGACGUGGCCAAGGUAGACAAGCAUGCUUUGAGACGGCGCAUCAGCUUCGUCGCACAGGACCCAGUCUUGUUUCCGGGGACCUUGAGGGACAAUCUGGACCCCAUCCGUGAGCAUUCCGACGAGGAGUGUGAGCUAGUAUUGAGAAGGGUGCUCGGCGCUGUGGACGAGCUCGAAGACGUCCUCGCAAGUGGCUCAGUAACACCGGGCGGCUCACAGCCCACAUCGGAGCCCCACAGCGAGAGCGCGUCGUCCAGCUCCAGCAACAGCAGCAACGACGCCAGCGAGGUGGCCAUUGAGACGGAGGGGCACAGCAACGGCGACUUCAAACCGGCCAACGGACAGGCCGAUGGCAUCGUGGCCAACGGCAAUCACGUCGGUAACGACGACAACAAUGACAACAACAAGAAGCAAAACGCGUCUGCCUUCACGCUGGCCACGCGCAUCGACGGCGGCGGCAAGAACCUGUCGCAGGGCCAGCGGCAGCUCAUCGGCCUGGGCCGCGCGGUGCUCCGCCGCAGCCCCGUGGUGAUACUGGACGAGGCGACGGCGAGCAUCGAUAAGAAGACGGCCUUCUACAUCCAGCAGGUCCUGAGGGAGGAGCUGCGGCAGAGCACGGUCAUCACCAUCGCGCACCGGGUGGAGGCGGUCCGGGACGCGGACUUCGAGAUUGUGCUGGACAAGGGUGGGCUCGUCAGGGCCCGGAGCCUUGUGGGCGGCAUUUCGUGA